AUGAGAGAAGAUAAUGAGAUUGCCCAGGGUAAGAUCUUUUAAAGAGUACUCCAUCUAUUUCUUUCUGAUUUGUUUUGUUUGUUGUUGUUGUUGUUUUAAUUAUCAGUGAAUUUAAGGAGUGGCAAGCAAUGCAAUCCAACCACGGCAUUGUUCAUCAUGUUUGUCUACAACAAAAGUCCACUAUCCCUGGAUAUUUCUGGGCGAGCAGUAUGAUGAAAAAUAUUAUGAUACCAUAAAUCAAAUGCACUCUUCUUAUCCAUGAUUAUAAUUAGUUGCAGAGGGAAAUUACUCAUCAAUCACUCAAAGGGGUGUAAAGGUGAACCCUUUACACCCCAACAUCAUUAUGCAUAUUCUCCAUACUGUUCUCUGUACAUUUCCCAGGGUCUAACAAGGAGAAUUUGUAAAACCAUGAAGAACUUUGUUAGUUGCUGAUCAUUUCCUUCAUUCUCGUGACUUGAACAUUUGAUUUAAGGGAUAGAUUGUAAAGAGAAAUUAGAACCUUGUCACUCUCAUGGAUUAAAGGACUAACUGCUGUCAUUUUUUUGUUUCAGGUGAUGUUACAUUCAAUGAUGUAUUCAGAGAUUUUUCUUAUAUGGCAUCCAGAGAUCCUGACAGGCUUAAACGCAAUUUUGAUGCAAGUGGACCAAGUAGACAGACACAACUGUGA